GUACGUACUUUGUGAAUUCACAAUCUCUCCGUGUUAAAAAGGACGUAGUUUGUGAAUUCGUAAUAAAACGGGUUAAUAAAUAAGCUAACUACAAAGCGGUCCUAUUUUACGUCAUUUAUUUGAAUUGUAGCAUAAGAAUUGUCUCAAUUCAUUUUUAAGCUUGUUGGUGUGACCAUUUCAUAUAAUGUCGAACACUUCGAGCUUACCAGUUUCACUGCUCAUAGCUAGCAAAUCUCAGGAUAAAGUUAAUGAACCUCAAAGAAAAACUCGUGAAGACUGGAGAAAAGCAAAAGAGCUAGACGAGGCCAGAAAAGCAGGAUCUGCACCAGCUGCAGUAGAUGAAGAAGGCAAAGAUAUCAAUCCUCACAUUCCACAAUAUAUUUCAUCUGCUCCGUGGUAUUACAACACUGUUGGACCAACACUAAAGCAUCAAAGACCUCAAGAGCAUGAUAAACGAAAACUUAUGACCAAGGUUGGCAAAAAGUUUCAACAAGGUGUGAACCUUGAUUCCUUAACAACCAAAUUCCGAAGAGGUGCAUGUGAAAACUGUGGAGCAGUGACUCAUCGAAAAAAUAAUUGUUUGGAAAGACCAAGAAAAGUAUUGGCGAAAUUCACUGCUGCUGAAAUAGCCCCAGAUGAGUUCAUCCAGCCUGAACUUAAACUUGACUUUGAUGGGAAGCAUGACCGUUGGAAUGGUUAUGAUCCAACAGAACACUUGGGCAUUAUAGAAGAAUUUGAAAAAGUUGAAGACACUAAGAGACAACUCAAAGCUAAGAGGCUAAACACUGGAGACAAAGAUGGAGGAGAAGAAGAAAUGGAUAUUGAUGAAGAUAAAUAUGUUGAUGAAAUUGACAUGCCAGGAACAAAAGUUGAUUCUAAGCAAAGAAUUACUGUCCGUAAUCUAAGGAUCCGUGAAGAUACCGCAAAAUAUUUACGAAAUCUGGAUUCUAAUUCAGCCUACUACGAUCCAAAAACUCGUUCAAUGAGAAAAAAUCCCUAUAAAGAUACUGGUAAAGAAGCUGAACAGGUUGCAUAUGCUGGUGAAAAUAUCAUUCGCUUCAGUGGGGAUACUUCAAAACAUGCACAGGCUCAGUUGUUUGCAUGGGAAGCUCAACAUGCCGGUGUUGACGUACAUUUGUUGGCUGAACCCACCAAGGCUGAGAAACUUAAAGUCGCGUGUGUUGGCAAGAAAGAAGAAAUCAAAAGCUCCAUUCAAGAGAGUAUCUUAGAGCGUUACGGCGGUAAAGAACAUUUAGAGAUUCCACCUAUAGCCCUCCUUCUUGCUCAAACGGAAAAGUACGUGGAGUACUCUCGAGCUGGGAAAAUUAUUAAAGGGGCUGAGAAACCAGUUGUAAGUUCCCGCUACGAAGAGGAUGUUUACAUAAAUAACCAUCAAUCAGUCUGGGGCUCUUAUUGGAUAGAUGACCCAUGGGGAUUCCAGUGCUGCUACUCUGUGAUGAAGAACUCGUAUUGCACUGGUUAAAGAAGCAAAAAAUUGAAAAAUUGAAACUGUGAAUCGAGAUAACUCAGCAAACUUUAAAGCCGAUGGGAAACCGACUUGCAAUACCUUGAAAUUUAAUAAAUCUGUUAUUUCUAGAAGAUUCUCAUUAGUUUUAACACACCGCCCUCAAAUUGAUCGACGUGGACAUGAUACCAAUUCGCAAGACUUGUGUUUUGUUAACACAAGGAGUUUACACUGCGCCAGGUGCAUCUCAACUUCAACCAUUCGAACUCUUCGAGAGUUUAAGCAUACGAGCGCCAGUAUCAGUUUUCUAGUUAUUGGACUUCUUGCUCCGUGAGAGCUUGGUACAUAAACUGAUCGACAUUUUCUCUAAGCUGAUCAUGAUUUUUCCAUGAAUAAAGGUAUUUUCCUGGUGACCAACUGAACAACUCUAGGUAACUAAGCUGUAGUUUUCUAAGAUGACAUGGAAUCGGGUCUGGUAGUCCUAGAGCGAAGAUCUAUAUGGCUUGGAAGCCAUCGUCCAUUCCGCCCCAAAUACAAAAACUCAUCCUUGCCGAUUUGGUAUGACAAAAUUAUCUACAAAUUAAAAUGGUGCAUGGCGAAUAAUGUUAGCCAUUGACAGCAGACAGCAUGUUACACGUCAUUUUGUUCUUGACAGAAGGAAUUGAGUUUUCCAGAAAUCUUCGUUCGGCUUUAUUUAACGCGAAGCUAUUAAAGAAAACUCCAGACGAUGGAGAGUUCAAUCAAAACUCAUAAUAAGGAGGAAGGAGAGAAAAGAAAACUUCAGUGUGACAAGAUGGAAAACAAAAUAUUGUUUGGAGGGUCGAGAAUCUGGAGAUAUCACUUCUGAACUUAACACUGAACAGCCUGGCAGCUGAAAUCCUCUAAAUUUAUUGCUCAUUGGCCAACAAGGCAACGUUUGAUGAUUCUGAUCUUGAUAAAUGGAAGAGAAUACCUGGUGCAAGAUCAUAAUUUGGUUAACUUUUGAAGAGAAAGUGAGGAGAAAAUACUUCAAGGAUCUCAUUCCUCCAACAACUAUGGCAGAUUUUUUCCCGGUUUACCCUUGCCGCUUUUUGAUAGACUUUAUCAAUUGGUGGAAUAUGACAAGUGGUCGGCCGCGCUGAAAUUCAAGAUCGACAAAUUAUGUAAAUGUUUAUAAAUUACAAGUGCAUAUCUGGGCUCCCUUCUUUUCUGUGGCCCCGUUUCCCUAACUAACCACUAACCAACGCCCGCCGGUGGUCACUCACCCGCUGUGAAACCAGGAGGAGGGGAGGGCUCUGG